UGCAACUGUGGGCCCACAGCAUUGACUGUUUUACACCGCCCCUUUCUGCAAUUUCAGCUCUGUGUGGUCCGGGGAAGGCCUGCAAAAGCCCAAACGGCGAGAGAGAGGUGCCGCAGAGAGGCGUGUAAUUUAAUAUCGUAGCAAAUCAACGGUGAUGAUUUAGUUCAUUAAUGCGGGUAAAGGGAAAGAUGAAUAAAUGAAGUGAUGGUCCUUCUUGAUAUCUUUAUUUGGUUAGCCAUCAUUUGCUCUUUUCUUUUGUUCAGCGUUGUUCUUCCUCUUCUGCCAUUGUUAGUGACUGCGAAGCUGGAAUUGCUUCUCAAGAGUUUAUUUCAACACAUUUCCUUGGAUUUAAUCUGCUUAAUUUAUUUUUAAAACAUUGGGUUAGCUUUCCGUUGUAUCACAGUUAUACAUUGACAAUUCUUGACCUUUUUUGACUCUGAAGAAAAUAUGUAGACUUGAAGGAGAAGGCGGCUUCAUUUAUGACACCUUUAGUUUAGGUUCCAUAUUUAUAUUUAUAUUGUAUUUUUCCUAGAUGAUAAGAUGAAGACUUGAAGAAAGCGGCUUCAUUUAUGCUUGUUGCUUUAUUAACUCCCAAAAUCUGUCGACCUAUACUGUUUAAAUUUGUAGUUUUUCUCUUAUUAUUAAAAAGUGUUUCAUUCUUGAAAUUGAGUGUGGAGUGGCUCAAAAAUGGGUUCUUUAUCAUCCGGAGAUGGAAUCUUUGUUGGGGCAGACACAUUUGGAGAUUCUUGGGAUUUGAAUUGUGGGGAUACUAAAGCGACCUAGGGUUUGCCUCUCUCUUUAAUGUCAAAGGUUCGACCAACACACAUUCAAAAUUUCAGGUUUUCCAUAUAUCUUUGGUCUCUUGGGCUAGCUUUACAGUGGUGGAGACAAACCAUUUCAAAUUUCAAAUUUUCAAAUGCAUUUUUCACUAUGGAAACCUCUGUCCAACUAUGCAGCAAAGAUCAUGGGCAGAAGAGGAGGAGAUGAAUCUGUUGGGGCAGCCAAAGAAAGGCCUCCUCCUCGCCCUUCUUCAGUUUUGAGGCAAUUGCAGGAGCACAAACUCAGGGAAGCUCUUGAAGAUGCAUCUGAAAACGGGCCACUUUCAAAACCCGAAGACAUGGAUGAAGAUGGACUCCCAGGCAGGUCAACUUCUUUGGCUAAAUUAAAUGCCCAAAAGGAAUUCUUGCAUGCCACUUCCCUUGCUGCUGCCCAGACGUUCUACACAGAAGAAUCCAUUCCUGAUUACCAAGAAGCCUUUCUUAAGUUUCUUUCUAUGUACCCAAAGUUCCAAUCUUCAGAAAGGAUAAUUCAUCACUUGAGAUCGAAUGAGUAUAGUCACCUCUCUGAUCCUGAUUCUAAGGUAUGUCUUGAUUAUUGUGGGUUCGGGUUGUUUUCGUACUCCCAAAUGGUCCAUUGCUGGAACACAUCUUCAUUUACCUUAAAACAAAUCACUGCAAAUCUGAACAAUCAAGCUUUACAUGGGGGUGCUGAAGAAGGGACCAUGGAACAUGACAUUAAGCUUAGGAUUAUGGAUUAUUUGCACAUUCAAGAAAAGGAGUAUGCUCUACUGUUCACUGCCAGUAGAGGUUCUGCAUUUAAACUGGUUUCUGAGUUUUACCCUUUCCACAAGAAUAAGAAUCUGUUGACCAUGUUUGACCAUGAGAGCCAAUCAGUUAAUUGGAUGGCACAAUGUGCAAAACAGAAAGGUGCAAAGGUUUCGAAGGUGUGGUUCAGUUGGCCAUCUUUGAACCCUUGCUCUGAGGAGCUUAGGAAGGAGAUAUCUGUGAAGAGGAAGAAGAGAAAGGCUUCUGCGGUUGGGCUUUUCGCCUUUCCGGUUCAGUCUCGGGUCACAGGAGCCACGUAUUCUUACCAAUGGAUGGCAUUGGCACAGCAAAAGAACUGGCACGUCUUGCUGGAUGCCGGUUCAUUAGGCCCAAAAGAUAUGGACUCGCUCGGGCUGUCCCUUUUCAGGCCAGACUUCAUAAUCACAUCUUUCUAUAAGGUAUUCGGUUCUGAUCCAACCGGCUUCGGCUGCCUUCUCAUAAAGAAAUCAGUAAUGCCAGUCCUACAGAGCCAGCCAGGUCGAACGGGGACCGACAUGGUCAGGAUUGUCCCCGAGCUCCCUCAAUACCAUGCUGACUCUUUCGAAGAUUGCUGUUUGGAUGGUGAGUUCGGAUUUCUUGAGGAGGGAUUGGGUGAUAAUAAACCGGGGGAGUCCCACUUGCCUGCAUUUUCCGGGGUUUUCACGUCUGAACAGGUGAAAGGUGUGUUUAACGGAGAGAUUGACUUAGAAGAUGAUAGCUCAGAUCGAGACGGGUCAAGCACCAUAUAUGAUGAAGCUGAUAGUGAGGAUGGAUUAUCUGUUUAUUCGUCCCGGAUCCAUUCUGGUCAAAUCCCAAACCGCUCUGAUCAAUCAGGCCAACUCCUUUCUAGGAAAGAAUGUGACUUUAUGUUGUUGGGAAGAAGAGAACAAAUGAGACAUAGUGACGGGAGGUUUCUCAUUGGCCGGCGGGACCCGGAAACAACCUGCUGCCAUCUGGACCACGUUGACACAUUGGGCCUUAACAAAACAAGUCUGAGACUAAGGUAUUUGACCAACUGGCUGAUUACCUCACUGUUGCAGCUUCAGUUCCUCAAGGGAGGGAGUCUUGUUCAAAUAUAUGGUCCUAAGAUAAAGUACGAAAGAGGUGGGUCCAUUGCAUUUAACAUAAGAGAGAGCCGUAGAGGUGGCCUAAUCCAUCCGGAGACCAUUCAGAAGUUGGCUGAGAAACAUGGGAUAUCUCUUGGUGUUGGUAUCCUCAGUCAUAUACAACAAGCGGUUGAUGGUGACCACAGGAUAUACAGGAAUUUGGAUGGUGCAGAUUUUACACCGUAUAAUCUGAUGUCGAGCGGCUGUCAUGAUAAAAAAAACCAUCUCUUCCGGAUAGAGGUGGUCACAGCGACACUUGGUUUCUUAACCAAUUUUGAAGAUGUUUAUAGGAUGUGGGUAUUUGUCGCAAAGUUUUUGAACCCCUUUUUUGUUGAUGGAGAAGGUUUGGAAGAGUCAUGAUAUGCUUUGCAUCUUAGAUAGUAUUAAUACUUGUGAGUUUGUAUACUUUCUAGUGGAAUACUUUUUUCAUGUUUCUGAUACAAUAUACUUCUGUCUUAGAAUAUGAUUGUUCAGUAUACUUAGGUGAAAAAUCAACAAACACGCCCUUGUUGGAGCGGGCUGUGCGGUGUUGUCCGGGGAGAGUAGUUUCAUCUUCUGGAACCCGAUUCGGAUCAGUUCCUUAUGAGACCUUGAUUUAGGAUUUUUAAUGUAAGAUAUUGUGCUAUUAUCAAAGAAAACGUGUGUAAUUGACUAGUGUUUGCACUCUUGGAUAUGUGACCACUAAGGAGAUCAAGA